CUUCUUGUAAACGUCAUUCUCUGUCUUUUUCUCCUUUUCGUCUCCCCUUCUCUCCUCCCUUUUUGCUCAGUACAUAUGUACUACUUCUACCUCUAAAUUUUUCCAAAUCAUUGCCUGUUCUAGAUACUAAUUGCAGCAGUGUAUAUUGAGCUGCAUUGCUGUGAGCAUGGAGCGGAAGCAUGGGUUUUUCUCGGCUCUGAAGCAGGAAGUGGUUCGCGGCAUGUCUCCGAGUCGCUCGAGGAGGGGUCGGAGCCAGUCUCCCUCAGGUUCGGGCCUGCUCCGGCGGAGGAGGGGCAGCAGCUUGGGCCAGCCCGAAUUGUUCAUAGCGAGAUCGGGGAGUUUGAGGCCGGGGUUGGAGACCCUCUCUCCUUUAAGGGAGGGCCCGGAUCCGAAUGGCCCAGAUUCUGGGGACCCGCGGAGCGACAGGUGGCCUCAAUGGCUUUGUCGGGCUCCUUCGGGUUCAACUGCCGGCCCGGAUUAUUCCAGGUCCGAUGUGAGACUGCUUCUCGGCGUACUGGGUGCGCCCCUCGCCCCUGUGCACGUUAGCAACAAUGACCCUUUGCCUCACCUCUGUAUUAAAGACACUCCCAUUGAGACCUCGUCGGCCCAGUAUAUAUUGCAGCAGUAUUUGGCAGCAUCUGGAGGGCAGAAGCUUCAAAACUCAAUUCAGAACGCUUACGCAAUGGGAAAGGUGAAAAUGUUGGCAUCUGAUAUAGAAACGGCAACAAGGGUCAUAAAGAGCAGAAAUUCGGCAAAAGCAGCUGAGUCGGGGGGAUUUGUGCUCUGGCAAAUGAAUCCAGACAUGUGGUAUGUGGAGCUUGCACUAGGCAGCAGCAAGGUUCAUGCUGGUUGCAAUGGAAAUCUCGUGUGGCGGCAUACCCCCUGGCUUGGUGCGCAUGCGGCCAAAGGGCCAGUUAGACCUCUGCGUCGAGCCCUCCAGGGUCUUGACCCGAGGACAACAGCAAACAUGUUUGCCAAUGCAAGGUGCACGGGAGAGAAGAAGAUCAAUGGAGAGGAUUGCUUCAUUCUCAAACUUUGUGCUGAUCCUCAUACACUGAAAGCCAGGAGCGAAGGACCUGCAGAGGUAAUCAGGCAUGUUUUAUUUGGCUACUUCAGCCAGAAGACAGGGCUACUUGUUCAUUUAGAAGACUCCCAUUUGACCCGUAUCCAGACCAACGGGGGUGAUGCUGUAUAUUGGGAGACUACAAUCAAUUCAUUUCUCGAUGAUUACAGGCCAGUUGAGGGGAUCGUGAUUGCUCACUCGGGCCGAUCUGUGGUUACCCUUUUCAGGUUUGGUGAAACAGCAAUGAGCCACACCAAGACUAGAAUGGAAGAAGUAUGGACGAUUGAGGAAGCAGCAUUCAAUGUACCUGGUUUGUCCAUAGACUGUUUCAUACCUCGUGCUGAACUAAGAUUUGCUUCCGUUAGCGAAACAUGUGAGCUUCCUCAAGAAGAUAGGCUAAAAUCUGCUGUAGCAGCAGCUGCAGCCGCAGCUUAUAGAGCCAAGGUUGCCCCGCUGGGCAGAUCCCAUGACGGCAAUGUUAACAAUAUUGUAGUGAAAAUGAACAUAUAAGGAAUGAGGCAGGCAGAUCUCUCCAUUUUCAGCAAUUAUCAGGCUAGUUCCGUGAUACAGACCGACAAGCUCAGAUAAGUAGUAAGCUGGCAAUCCAGUCCACAUUGAGGAACUUUCACCUUUGAUCUCUCAUCUACUUUAAUCUGUAUAUAUACUCGCGACGAGCCUUUAGCUCUCUCGGUUCAUAGUUCCAUAUUGGACUCAGUUUUUCCAGCGGAAACGCCGAUGAAAGCCGACUGUAAAACCAAAAAAAAAGUAUUCCCUUCUCUUGAUCAUGUAAAAUUCCAACUGUAAUUCCUACUGAAAUUAGAGCAUCUUCAAGUUCAAAUUGAUUGACUUUUCUUGAUCA